AGUUCGCAGACUCUUCGGUUACUCAGUUACGGUUCUCAAGUCACAAUUCUGAAGUUUAGCAACAGAAGCGACAACUUUUGGUUUGCUUUCUUAUUUGUGACUUAGCAAAAACGUCAAGGAGCGUUGAAGAUUUAUUUUUGCAUCGUUGUCCUUUCGUUUGAAGGAUUCAAGUUUGCCAAACUUUGCGCUCCAACAGACUGGCAACACGGAUUAAAAAAAGGAAGAAGGACUUUCUUUUUUCUUGUGAGAAGCCGGUCCUGCAUCGUUCUCGCAUGAAUCUGCUCGACCCUUACCUGAAGAUGUCAGAAGAACAGGAUAAGUGUCACUCUGACGUUCCAAGCCCCAGCAUGUCUGAGGACUCCGCGGGCUCACCAUGCCCGUCCGGCUCCGGUUCGGACACCGAGAACACUCGACCGUCCGACAACCACCUCCUCCUGGGUGCCGACUACAAGAAGGAAGGAGAAGAAGAGAAGUUUCCUGUGUGUAUCAGAGACGCGGUGUCGCAAGUGUUGAAGGGCUACGACUGGACGCUGGUGCCAAUGCCGGUGCGUGUCAACGGCUCAAGCAAGAGCAAACCUCACGUGAAAAGACCCAUGAACGCCUUCAUGGUGUGGGCUCAAGCGGCGCGGAGAAAACUGGCUGAUCAGUACCCGCACCUGCACAACGCAGAGCUCAGUAAAACCCUGGGGAAACUUUGGAGGCUGCUUAAUGAGGUAGAGAAGCGUCCGUUCGUAGAGGAGGCUGAGCGCUUGAGAGUGCAGCAUAAAAAGGACUACCCCGACUAUAAAUACCAACCAAGGAGGAGGAAAUCUGUCAAGAACGGCCUGAGUGAACCGGAGGACGAGCAAACCCACAUCUCUCCAAAUGCGAUCUUUAAGGCGCUGCAGCAGGCCGACUCUCCUGCAUCCAGUUUGGGAGAGGUGCACUCUCCAGGAGAACAUUCAGGUCAGUCACAAAGUCCACCAACACCCCCAACCACCCCCAAAAUGGAUCUCCCUUCCAGCAAAGUUGACCUAAAGCCUGAAAGGCGACCUGCACAAGAAGGCACCAGCCGACAGCUCAAUAUCGACUUUGGAGCUGUGGACAUUGGUGAGCUGAGCAGUGACGUCAUCUCCAACAUGGGUAGCUUCGAUGUUGACGAGUUUGAUCAGUAUCUGCCACCACACAGCCACGCUGGGGUUACUGGUGCAGCCCUGGCUGGUUACCCUGGCAGCUACGGGAUCAACAGCUCUUCAGUCAGUCAUGGAGCCACUGUUGGAGCUCACACCUGGAUGUCCAAGCAGCAGCAGCAGCAGCAUUCUCUGACCACCCUGGGCAGUGGUGGCGGAGGAGGAAGAGGAGGAGGAGAGCAACAGGAUCAGCAGAGAACCACCCAGAUUAAGACGGAGCAGCUGAGUCCAAGCCACUACAAAGAGCAGCAGGGUUCCCCGCAGCAUAUCUCCUACGGGUCCUUCAACCUGCAGCACUACAGCACCUCCUCCUACCCCCCCAUCACAAGAGCACAAUAUGACUAUUCAGACCACCAGAGUGGUGCCAACUCUUACUACAGCCAUUCCACAGGCCAAGGUUCCAGCUUGUAUUCCACCUUCAGCUACAUGACUUCCAGCCAGAGGCCGAUGUAUACCCCCAUAGCUGACAAUGCUGGUGUGCCCUCCAUGCCGCAGUCCCACAGUCCACAGCACUGGGAACAGCAGCCCAUUUACACUCAGCUGUCAAGGCCUUGAGGAGACAGUCUGAGAACACCCAGGACUUGUGUAAGCCCCGAUGCCACACACACCUAUUUCCAUCAGAAAAACAGAAUGUGGACGUUUUUGUAACUCUAAAGUUUAUCUCUGAAUUGGCUCACGGCAGUGCCUUUUGUAAUAGUUGUGAUUAUAUAUUUUUACAUAUAAUGUUUUAAGUCCUCUGUGAGGACAUACUUGUCAUGAGUAUAAUAGUAUGUACUGUGUAUGUAUUCUGCUUUGAUUAAGGUCAGUCAUCAUCACCAUCCUCCCGAUUGGUAGGUUUGUUUGGUAGGUACAGGGAUGUCGGGUUAAAACACCCUCCGUGGCCUUAUUUCUCACAAAUUAGCUUUUAUUUGUAUUUUACAGGAAGUAAGAAAAUGUAUUUACUGAUAUUUCAUGAAAGCCUCUGAGUUUUUGUGCUGUACAUAUGUUAAUUCUUUAAGAGAUGUUGAACAAUGCAGGAGUGUAAUAGAUUAGAGGUCCUGGCCAUGAUAUGACAUGUCCUUUGUGAUAAAGCCCAAUGUUCGAUUUCCUGUUUGCUUCAGCUGAGUUGUUUGAAACGUCAUACCAAGUGCCGUGUAACUCUUUUAGGGGACUUACUGUGUUGUGAAAGCAAAGCUUGCUUUUAUAUGCCUUGAUACCAUUGGUGCCUAUGGAGCCGCAGCGGAAGAGUCGCACACUGGUGCUGCAGUUGUGGAAACAGCAGCACAGGUCCGACUUCCUGCUUGAUGAGAUUCAGGAAGUGACCUUUGACCUGACCAUUUGCCAGAACCCUUCAGGUCUAAACAUGCUACUACCAGAUUUUUUUGCCUCCUCUUUUAUUCCUAAUUAUUUUUUUCUUAAUUUAUUAUUUAGCAUUAAUUUUAUUUCAGAUUAACUGUUUGCCAAUAUAUUUUAAAACUCAGCAGCAGUUAACAAAGGUGAAUUGGGUUGCUGUCAUUUGUGGUACAAGGUUGUUUAUUUAUCAUUUGUAAAUAUUACUGUAAGAACAUUUUUCUUUGAUUCUCCACCUUUUCUGUAGAGAAUACUUUAAAAAAAUUACAACAUGGGCCUUUUUCUCUUUUUCUUCUUCUAACAAAGGAUUUUUCAGAAGCAGCUGUAAAGAAAUAGCUUGAAUCAACGUGAUGCAUUUUGUUUUCGGAAUGAAAAGUUGUUCUUUAUUUUAUAUUUUGUAUUAGUUCUCAUUGUCAUCUCAAUGCAGUUUCCCUAGGAAACACGGCAUUAUCUUAAAAGCUUGUUUUGUAAUAUUUUUGUUUGCAAUAAAAAUGAAAUCAGAAAAAUG